AUGUUUUAUUCACGGCUUCAAGGUGAGUUUCGUAUAUCCUCGCCAUUCUUCUCUUCGAUACAUCUUUACACUUGAAUAACCUACCUAAGCCUAGGUAGUAUCUGUAGGUUAGGUUACUUGCCUAGAUGCUAAUCAAAUAUAUCGAUAAUCCUAGGGGGAUGAUAACACGUUCGGCGAAAAGUCCGAGUUCGCCCUCCAUCUCGCUGCUCUCGUAAGUGCUGCCUUGCCCAAGGUCUCGGUACGCGCCAUUACAUACCCUCGCUAUGAGACCCGUGGCGAUCUACACGAGUGCGUCAGCCGCUUCCGCGACUGGCUCCUCAACCGAGUGAUCGACCUCGAAGUCGCCGCCGGCACGCCCUCUCCGACCGUCGACCCGUGCGUCCGUACGAUCCUCAUCGGCCAUUCCAUGGGCGGAAUCGUCGCGGCCGAAACCGCCAUCGGCAUCGCUUCCGAGGUUCCCGUUCCCCAUACCACCGCUACCAGCAAAGCCGGCCGCCGCGACAGCCUCACCGUUCUGGUAGACGAGUCCCUAGGCCCCACGGGCCUCAUGUUCCCCUACAUCCAGGGCGUCCUCGCCUUCGACACGCCGUUCCUCGGAAUCUCCCCCGGCGUCGUGGCCCACGGCGCCGAGGGGCACUAUAAUAGCGUGAACGGCGCACUGGCCCAGCUCAGCGGGCUGUCCACCAUCUUCUGGAACAACUACAACCAAGCGGCCGGGAACACCAACACCGGGACCGGGGGCUCUAGCAACAAGAAACCUGCCGGCGCUUUACCCGCGCCCGAAACGCCGACGCCGCCGGAGAAAAAGAAGCAGCAGAGCACCGGCGGAUGGGGCUGGGGCCAGAUCGCCAUGGUAGCCGGGGCGGCGGGCGCUUUGGCGGCGGGCGGCGCGGCGGCGUACAUGAACCGGGAGCACCUGAGCUCGGGCUGGUCAUGGGUCAGCUCGCACCUCGAGUUUGUGGGAUGCCUGGCGAGGGGCGCGGAGCUGCGGGAGAGAUUGGCCAAGAUGGUGAAACUGGAUCGGCAAAUGGGUGUCGGUUUUGCGAAUCUAUACACGCGCCUCGGUAAAGCUGCGUCGGCGAAGGAGGUGAGCAUGGUGGGAACUGUGGUGGGCACCGAUCGGACUUUCUGCAACCUGCCUGAGAAGGACAAGCGCACGACGGGUCUGUGGAUGGAAGCUAUAAAUGACAAGUCCAAGGAUGAGAUUGGGGCACAUAUGGCAAUGUUUGAGCCAAAAGAUAACCCGGGAUACCGCAAAUUAUCUGAAGAUGCGAAGAACCUGAUAGUGCGCUGGUCUCGAAACGAGUGGUAUGAAUCAAGCGGCCGACGCAGAAUUCAAUAGAUGGCAAUUACCGAAUAGUCCCCAAACUAUUUUGAUCGGUGUAUUACGUCUACAAUGCUACACUUCUACAUAUAUAUUACCCCCCACCCCUUAUAUGGAUACCUUGCAUGAAUAUAUUUUUUAUCUCUUCCGCUAGGGUUUUGUAACCCGUCCAGUUGGCUACAGUAUGCGAGUUCUACUUUGUGCUCUUCUGUGCCUUAGCUCCAAAAAUCUUGCGCCUUUGAGACAUCAUGUGCGUAUACAAGAAAUACGCAGCUGGAAGUAUUGCAUUAGCAUAUAUUCUCGGACGAAUUCAUUGGGGCUUGACAUACAAGGAGGGUAUACUAAUGCGACA